UGCCUUUUUGAUAAUAAGUUGAUUUGGAAACAACUAUUAAUAAAAAGUUAAAUAAAAGUAGUUAAUAAUAAUAUUUUAAUAAUAAAUUUAAUUCAUUAAGGUGAACAUUAUAAUUAACCAAUAUAAAAUAUUAUAGAGAUAUCUGAUAUAAUGAAAAUAAUAUUUCCUUUAACCGACAUUAAAAAAAAUGGAAACUGCACGUAGUUAUAUACUGAUUCCCCCACUCUCUGAAACUCAUUCGUCAAACUCUCAGCAAAAGAAAAUAGAGACAAAGAGCACAGAUUGAUUCCUUCCUUCGUUCUUCUUAUUUUGUCAUAACUAUGCGUACGUAUCCGCGUGGUUCGCGAUUUCUACCAACGGAGUUGGGGUUGGUGAAGCUUCAUCUCAAGGACAAGGUGGAGAAGAACAUAAGCGGUUUCAUCAAAACGUUGAACGUCUACGGAGACGCGCCGUGGCUUCUCCAUCACGACACGAACCCUCUGUAUAGCAGAAACGAAUGGUACUAUUUUGUUCCGAGGACGAUAAGAGGUGUCAAGACCGUGAGCCGGAUGGUACCGAGUAACGGAGAAAGCUUGGGAGGCACGUGGAAAUCAAUAGGUAAGAGAAAAGAAAUAAAGAAGAAAGACAAGGAGUUGAUGGGUUACAAGACGGUACUAGUGUUCAACAAGAACGUGGCUGGGGAGUUAGAAAAGAAGAAGACUGACUGGCACAUGGAUGAGUAUUCCCUUCACAGGAAUGGUGAUGAGUUCCAUGAUUUGGUCUUGUGUCAUGUCAGACUACUUUAUAGUGCCGAGAGAUUCAAACCCCAUGUCCCUACUGCUCUUCAGGUUGAUGUGAAAAACGACGACAACAACAACGACGUAGUCUUACCAAACCAAGAGCAACAAGAAGCUGGUUUUGCUAAACUAGAGCAAGAAGCUGGCGACGUCAAUCAACCUCAGCAACAACAACAAGAACAACAAGAAGAGCAAGAAGAUUAUAUUCUUGUAGAUCGUCAUCUGCGGAGCAACCAUAACCAAAGACAGUAUCUAUUGGAAGAUAUUGUUAAUCAGAAUGGCCGUGGCUACGUCAAUCAACAUCAGCAACAACAACAAGAGCAAGAAGAUUCACCAGAUCCUCUUCUCCUUCCUCCUCUUCAGAGCAACGACAACCAAGAACGUCAUCCAUUGGAUGAUAUUGCUUUUGAUGGCGCAGAUGAUAAUCUUACAAUUGACAUUGACGAACUCUUGAAAAUUCUAGACGAAGGAAAAGAGCAAGAAGAUUCACCCACUCUUCCCCUUCCUCCUCCUCUUCAGAGCAAUGUCAACCAAGAACCGUGUCUCUCGUGGGAUACUAAUUAUGUCCCAUCACAGGUGGAGAACAACUACAACAACAAUACCAUCUUACAGAACCAAGAGCAACAAGAAGCUGGUUUUGCUAAUCAUUAUGACAUGACGAUGAUGGUAGAGAAAGAACAUGGCGACAUCAAACAACAAUAUCAGCAACAACAAGAUCAAGAGCAACAGCAUAUAGAUCUACAGAGUCUUCUCUAUGAUCCUGAGUGGCAUGAUUUAUGUUUUAUGCCUCCUCUUCAGAGCGACGACAACCAUGGACAGCGUCCUCUUGUACCAUCUCAGGUGGAGAGCUACUACAACAACAACACCGUCUUACCGAACCAAGAGCAAAGAGAAGCUGGCUUUGCUAAUCAGAAUGACAUGACGAUGAUGGUAGCAAAAGAACACGACUCGAUUACGCAUAAUCCGGAUGGAAGCUUGACUCAACAGCAACUACAAAAGCUGGAGAUAUUUAUUGAUAAUUUGAACUUGUCUUUUUAGUAUUUGAAUCCAACUUAUACUUCUUUGGUUUGAAUAUUAAGAUUGUUUGGUUGUAAAGUCUAACUGGAGACUUGAGCUCGUUAUAAUGCUUGUAUAUAUAUAUAUAUAUCAAUUUGUUUAUUGAAGAUGACUUGUUUCUUACGUCUAAUUAAAAAAGAUGGAUUAAUCAAAGUAGGGAGCAGUGUAUUGACUUGAUUAAGAGGGCGAGCAAGGAAGAAGAGAACAAACUCAAACCCUCACGUUUCCUAAAAGACAUUGUCCCUAACCCUCAAACAAUAAUCACUCCAAUAUUUAAGUAUAUCAAUAUUUCUUAAGACACCAAAACAGGUUAGAAAAGUUACAAGGCAGACAAAACAACAAAACAAACCAAUGUAUUUCAUCUUAAGAUGAACAAUGUAGAGUUCUUGUUUAACUCCAGUCUCAUAAUUAGAGAGAGACGAAGCUGAUGAGAACACUAGCAAUUUAUGAGUUUUUUCAGACUACAUGCACUAUAUAAAAGUGCAAGUGUAUAGUUUAAACUCAAAACCAAGUUCUUCAUAUCUUAUAAAUCAAUAAAACCAAAAAGGAUGAGUAUUAAUGGAAAGUCUCAGUAAAAUCCGUAGAAUUCAAAGAAAUUGCAGCUUAUGCCAAGGGGUUCUCCCUGUAAACAGGGUCUCAGCUCCACUGCACCUCAUUCAGUUAGAUUACAUCUUCAUCGACAUUACCAAAUAUGCUCAUAUUAAGAAAACUGGCUCAUAUUAAGAAAUUCAACCAUGUUUUUACCGUAUAUGCUUCAUUGAAACCAAUCUCAGAAGCGCGGGCAAGUUUAUAAUCAUAGUCAGUAAGAAAAACACAUCGCCUAAGUAGAUUCUAUCAACAAUAAACAAUCACAACAAAUCCAAAUGAGAGAUUUAGCCGCUUUUUUGACACAAGAAAGCCUAGAGAGUCAAGGCAAACCUGCAACACAAACGGCAAAACACAAUCUAGCAGGAGCUUUGGGGCUUACUUCCUCAAGUUUUUGUAUUCAGAUUAGCCCGGGAGGCUCCUGCAAAACUAUUUAAGUCAGCUAAUGAUCAAACACAACCACUAUUGUAUCAAGUCAAAUAAGUCAGCUAAUGAUCAAAGGCAACCGUUAUUGGAAAAAAUAGGUGAGGUACUAUGCAACAAGGUCAAUGGUAAAGUUUAAUUAUAUAUGUUCACUCUAUCUCAUCCAAAAACUUCAAUGCUGAUUCGGGUUAGAUAAGUUCCAAAGCAGACAGAAAAAUGCAAAUGUAGUGUUCUUGUUUAACUCGAAGUCUCAUAAUUAGAUAAAGAGACAAAGCUGAUGAGAACACUGACAAUUUCUGAGUUUUUUUCAGACUACAAGCACCAUAUACAAGCGCAAGUGUAUAGUUUAAACUCCAGGAAACAGAUGUUAUCAUUGGAUAAUUUAUAAAUGAAACCAAGUUUUCAUAUCUUAGAAAUCAAGUAAAACCAAAAGGAUGAUUACCAAUGGAAAG